GGCAGAGGGCUGGCCUGGGCCUCACACACUGGCGACCAAUCCGUGCCAGAAGGCCAGGCAACGGCUAAUCAGAGCGUAGGGGCGAAACACUCGCAGAGAGACAGUCCUGCCUGUAUUAUUCCAAAAGGCGUAGUUAGCAAAUUGGCCGUGAGCCGUGCCCGCAUAGGUCCUAGCUCAUUUCACCGCAUGAUGCAGACCCGGAGGUACCACAGCCGAGCCGACCUCGAUACGCAAAACGGAGAGAGAAAUGAGCAAGAAAUCACAAACGAUACUCACAUGCUCGUCGGAGAACUCGGAAUGCUGCUUGGGCUCUUGCUCCCCAACCGCGUCACUCCACUGGGCGACAAGCUCAGAGCGGCUGGGGUCAAUCCGGAGGGCAGACCAGCCAGACUAUUGCUGCCCAGCGUGAGUCCUGGAGAUCCAGCGCUCGAGGAUUUGUCUGCAUUCGAUGUCGCGGCCGCUUGGCGGGAUGGUUUCGUGGGGUUUUUGUGCGGAACAGCUGGUGGCGAAGCGCUGACCGUGACGGCUGCUUUGGAUGAAGGCGAUUGGCUGGGAGAGGGUAAGAUGGUCGGUGGAGGAGUCGUCGCUUUUGUCGGUGAACUUGACAUUGUUGACAUCGUUUUUAGUUUUGGUGAACGAUGUGUUCUCGUGGCUGAUGUUCAAAGGAAAGGUGGUAGUGGUCAAAGUCCAAAAUCAGAAUGCGCCAACUGA